GACAUCCGAUCUCCAAAGAAGAUCUUUUCCAAUACACGAAUGGGCGGUUCCUUACUGAGGAGGAAAUCCAAUGUUCCAAGCGUUAUGUUCGUUUCAACAUUGACAAAUUAUGUGACGUGGUUGCAAGCCUCUCUGGAUCGGAAAGAUCCACUGUUUCGAGGAUAGAAAAAAUGGAAGGCAGUUUCAGCAAAGCACUCCUUAUGACAACAGAGGAUGGAUCUGAGUAUAUUGCCAAGAUUCCUUGCCCGAAUGCGGGGAGACCUAUGUACUGCACGGCGUCGGAGGUCGCCGUGCUAAGCUUCAUACGAAAACAUACGACGAUUCCUGUUCCUGAGGUUCUAGCCUGGAGCUCCGAUAUGUCCAAUGCAGUGGGUGCAGAGUACAUCAUUAUGGAAAGAGUCCCCGGAGUGCAGAUGUUCAAGGAAUGGGAUGAAAUGGGCGAAAGCAAUCGGAUCUCCUUAAUUAAACGUCUCACUCAAUGGGAAAGUGAGCUCUCUGAAACCCAGUUUCCGGCAUACGGCAGCCUAUAUUAUAAGACUGCUCUGAGCGAUACCAAGAUGAUACCUCUGGAUUCGGCCAUAGACCCUCAAGGUGAAUUCUGCAUAGGACCUUCUUGUGACCCCUCCUGGCUCACUCAGGGUGGCCAUCAGCUUCUGCCAGGCUUCCUUUGUGGUCCUUGGAGAACACUUUGCGACAUGGGCGAGUCUCUCAUUCAACGCUCGCUCUUAAGAGCUAGCCAGCAUCCCAACCGGCAGCUUCCAGCCUCCUUAUAUGGCUCCACAGAGGAACAUCUAUCUCUCCUUCACGUGGCGAAAGAAGUCAUGCCAACGGUGGCAUAUAACUCCAAGCUUUUGGACAACACUCAGCCAAUACUAUGGCACACCGAUCUCCACAUGGGCAAUAUAUUUGUCUCGGAAAAUGACCCGGGAAAGGUGACUGGCUUCAUUGAUUGGCAGAAUACUUCCAUCAGCCCUUUAUUUCUACAAGUUCGAUGGCCUGUCUUCUUAAGCCCACCGGAGGACUAUCAAGAGGGCCCUGUGAUGCCUGGACUUCCCCCUGGCUUCGAGGAUAUGGACGAUGAGGAAAGGGAGAUCGCGCUGUAUCACAAAGCAAAGGGUACUUGGACCAAAGCUUACGAAGUUGCAGGUUGGAUUUCUCCGGAGCGUGACCUGGAUGAGAUCAAGUCACGAAACAAAUUGCUGUUUGAGUACUAUAUUUCUAAGAUGGCUCCAGGAACCUCCCCUGACCAAGUGAAGAAGUUGUGGCCAUUCAACCCCCUUUCUCCAACAAGUUCCAGCCUCUCGUCAGUGGGGAGCUUCAACAACCGAGGGUCGACUGGCCAAUCCAGCCUUGAGAUUCAGCAUUUUACGUCGCAGGAUAUGAUGGCUCCCCAGUCGGCAAUGCAUUCCAUGUCGGUCAAUCUAGGAGCUUCAAACGAGCAAAUAUUCAUCGGCGAAUCCGAGAAUGACGACCCAACGAAAGACGUGAUUGCAAGAGGCAUCAUCACUGAGGAGCAAGCUCGUGGUAUCUAUGAGAGGUUCAUGAAUGGAAGCAAGAAUUUUCUGCCUCUCUUCGACCCUGUCAGGGACACCUAUGACUCCAUCCGAUCUCGGUCAUUGUUCUGCUUCACAGUCAUAGUCUACCUUGCUAGUCGGGCGGUUCCUGAUCUUCGCAGUAACAACCAUUUGCAGCGGGUUCUACAAGAUGAAGCGCAAAGGCUAGCCGAAGACAGCUUCUUCGAACGACCGACCAAACUUGAGACUGUCCAAGGAAUGAUUCUUCUAGCUGCCUAUUCCGAGAAAUCUUGGUUCUCCACAGCUCUCAUUCUCCGGACAGCGCUGGAUUCAGGGCUUGAGAAAUCUCUGGACACCCUUUUGGCGCAGACAAACACUCCCCGGAGUUACCUGUCAGCCACGAUGGAGGAUCGCAUUCUGGUCUGGCAGACACGAACAUGGCUAAUCACGUACACGACUGAGCUUGAUAUAGCUGCGGGGACCGGCAGAAAAUCGCGAGUCAACGAGCUAGACGUAGCUAAACUCCGCAAGUACCUCGAUUAUCCUCUUUCGCUGCCCAGCGAUAUGCGUACAGUCUGUAUCAUUGAAAUCCAUCAACUACGAGCUCGAGCGCGACGAACUAUAGAUAAUACCACCGCGGGGCAGUUGCUGUCCACGGAAUUGCCCGCGAUCAUGGGCCGAUUAGAGGAGUGGUGGAAGACUUGGGACGGGAUCCAUGACCAAAAUGGCUUCCAUGCUGGCGCUUUUCAGCGGUCGAGCUUGAAAUACAUGCUCAAUUAUGCUCGGGUCUAUGUCCUCUGCGCCACCAUCGCUCGCAUUCAGAAACGGCCGUCGUCGGAAGUUCUUCCAGACCCGGAGUCAGACGCUGUCCUGGGACUGUGGAAGUCUCUGAUCGAGAUCAUCAUGGGCCAAAUGGCAUGGUUGGUCAACGAGGCUGCCUACCGGUGCCAGCUCACCUGGGCUCCGACGUAUCCGGCGCUCACUAUAGCCUUUAUCACAACAUUCGCUGUUCGAGUGGCACGGUGGCAUCCCGCGUUGAUCGAUCAGAGCUUGGUUUUGCAACGAGCGCAGCAAAUCAGCGAGAUUCUCAAGCUCCCCCCUUAUCCAGAUAUCCAUCGCACCGUGUCCAUAUUCUCCAACUAUGCAAGUGCGCUUUUUGCAGAAAGGAGUUCCACAACCAAUCAAGGCCCAGCGACGUCAAAUACUGCAGGAUCCUCGAUGCAGCCAAGGCAGAGUACCGUCAAUUCGAGGUCUGACUCCGAUCUGUUUGAUAUGCCGCGUGACCAAGGUCAGGAGCAGCCGCUGCAGAGGGAUGCACAGACUCACGGAGACUCUCUGUCAGAGGAGGGACGAACGGCGGAAGCUCGAUCGGACCCUACACUACCACGCCUUCUGGGGGAGAUGACUAUCCCCAAUUGGACCCUGUCAACUUCUAUUGCGGACUCGUUUGAUCUUUUCGAGGAGGGGCAGUCGGAUGUGCAUCAAAUGCUCCUCCAGACCACGGGGCCGGCCGCUGUGGACCGGAUCCUGAUCGGCGCCGGAGCAAGUUUCUGCAUCUCCACCGGGGCCGGUCCGGCGCCGGAUUUAGUGGUACAAGGGACACCCGAAUCUCGACCAGUAUGCUUGGGGCAAAGCAAAUUCGCAUCCCCAAAUGACUGGCCGUUACAUAAAAAGUUGUCCAUUGUCGUCGCAACCUUUCUCAGUGUAAUCAAUUCGGGCAUCGGGACCUCCCUGCCCAGCAAUGCGGUCCCCUACAUCAUGCAGGAGUUCCACGUGGAGGAUGCCACACAAAGUAAUUUACCAACUGCAGUGUUUCUCAUCGGGUAUAUUGUCGGGCCACUUGCCUUUAGUCCCCUGAGUGAGACCGUCGGACGGCGGCUGGUGCUACUGCCUACUUUUACUGUCUUUGCUUUGUCGACCGUAGCAUGUGCGUUGAGUCCGAAUUGGGGAUCGCUACUUUUCUUUCGUUUCAUCUGCGGAACCAUGGGCUCUGCGCCUCAGACGGUUGUGGGUGGUGUAUAUGCGGACAUGUUCUUUGAUCUUCGAGAAAGAGGAAGAGUGAUGGCAUUCUAUAUGGCGUCAGCUAGUUUCGGACCCAUCCUUGGCCCAAUAAUAUCGGGGUUUGCAUCACCCUCUUAUGGCUGGAGAUGGACGUUCUGGAUCGCUUCAAUGCUGGCGGGCUGCGCCUGGAUUGGCCUUCUCUUUGUGCCCGAGACCUUUGGGCCGGUUCUCUCGAGACGCGAUACGACUGGAAUGGAGGAUACAGUUGCAAACAACACCGUCAACAUCGUUCAAAUUGUGAAGCGACCUUUGGCUAUGCUGCUCUUCGAACCCAUUAUCACCUUCACUUCAAUAUACAUCGCGCUGGCGUACGGUCUUGUCUUCUUCUACUUCCAGGCUUAUCCGAUAAUUUUUGAAGGUGUCUACGGGUUCGACGUCCAGAUGACCUCUCUCGCUUUUCUACCUGUCGGCGUCGGUGCAGCCUCCACCGGUCUCGUCGCCCUUUACUGGGAUAUCACCUAUGACAAAGCCAAGAAACACAACAAGCCAUGGCGCUUCGGUGCAGAACUCCAUCGCCUCCCCGUUUCCUGUCUCGGCGCCGCCCUCCUCACAGCCAGCCUGUUCUGGCUCGCCUGGACCUCCCGACAGGACGUCCACUGGGCGGUUCCCAUCGCCUCCGGAGUUGUGUUUGGUUUCGGCUACCAGACUAUCUUCGUCUCGCUGUUGACAUACGUGACCGAUGCUUAUAAGAUAUACUCAGCCAGCGCACUCGCCAGCUCGGUCAUUCUCCGCAGUGUUCUUGGGGCGCUGUUGCCGCUGGCUGCUAAGCCGAUGUACGGAACAUUGGGGGUGAGUUGGGCGACCUCGAUGCUGGGGUUCCUGAGUCUGGCAUGUGUGCCGAUUCCGUUUGUGCUCUUGUACAAGGGGGCGUGGGUGAGAGAGAGGACCGUUGCUGUGAUCAUCCCCGAGGAGACACCCCCCAUAUCGACCGAACGUCUCCUCCUGCGGCCCCUGCGAAUCGGCAACGACGAAGAUGCCGCGGGGAUCUUCAGUAUCAGAAGCCGACAGGAUGUCGUGGACUGGCUCUGGCCCAGAAUAGCAGAUACUACAAUCGAAGAAACUAAAGCCACGAUGACGAGAAAGGUGUUCAAAGAUCCUGACGCAUCCGGUGCGGUGGGACGAUCAUUCUUCUUUGUCAUUAUCGCAAAGGAUAGCCCGGAGCGUAUCGUUGGAUCCCUCGGUGUCAACUCCCUCUCGCCCGCUCCCUCGGUGGGAUAUGCCAUCCAUCCCUCGUACUGGGGGAAGGGAUAUGCCAGCGAAGCCUUACGGGGAGUGAUAGACGCAUGGUGGAAGCUGCCUCGAGCCUCUGGCAUGGGAUAUGUAGAGAAAUUGUUCGCGGCGGUCAAUUGUGCUAAUAAAGGGAGUGUGAAGGUGUUACAGCGAAAUGGGUUCAAGACUUAUGAGGAAGUUAAGCUUGAGGGGGACACGGUGGCUUUUAUGGAACUGAAGAGCCCAGGGCGAGCGGAUUUUUUGACCCGGAUUGAUGGAUAUGAUCAUAUUCAAUAG